AUGUUUUCAAAAGGACUGACGAUUCGCGGCGAGAGCGGUGCCGGAUAUCGCCUCGUCCACCCCUUGGGAAGACCAACAGCAAACGUGUGGAAGGCCGUUCACGAGUCAGACGACCACUCCGAGGUCGUGGCUAAAGGGCCUUCGAAGGACGACGACGAAGCCUCGAAUUGGCCGGCCUUUCAACAUGAAACCAAGAUGCAGCGUCUCUUCUCCAAGGAUCCCUUGAUCCGGCAUCUCAAGAUGGAAAAUGUCGGCAUUAGUGGAUUUGAUAACGAGAAGCCUAAUGAGAACCCACGCGAGAUUAGAGUGAGGCUCGCGGAUCUCGGCGCGGUCAGCAACCCAGGCACCCGAGAGAUCUCGGCCCUGACAUACCGAAGCCCAGAAGUGCACUUUGGAAAGGCAUGGGAUCAGAGCACCGACAUCUGGUCGUGGGGCACUAUUCUUGCGCAACUCCUCUUCGCCCAGGUCGAUUUCAGUUCACCCGGAAUGUACGACUCGAUCGCAGUCGGGUCACUAGACGAGAAAACAAAGGCAGUGCGCGACGCCAUGGCCAUCGACUUUGACCUGCACUCCCUGCCCCUGUACGCCGACGACCCCACGUCCCAAACGAUGCUCCCGCCCGCACGGCCGGAGAUGGCGUACAAAUGGGCAGAGGCAAUGAUGAACAAGGGGAUCUCACAAGAGGACAUCCAGUUUCUGGCCAAUACCUUGAACCCGCUCCCGGGGGGCAGGUUCACGACCGUGGAGAUCUUGGAAAGCGGAUAUCUCGAUAUCUGA